GCAAGUGACACAUCUGCACCCUAUAACUACCCCCAUAGCAAGUGACACAUCUGCACCCUAUAACUACCCCCAAAGCAAGUGACACAUCUGCGCCCUAUAACUGCCCCCAAAGCAAGUGACACAUCUGCACCCUAUAACUGCCCCCAUAGAAGCGAUAUCACUGCACCCUGCAACUGCCCCUUGCACCCAGUGUAACCACCACCACCCACCCCUGUGUGCGUCCCGCGCUGCCCUGUCCCUGGGAGGAGACCGCCGCUCCCCUCUCCCUGCAGCCGCUGACACCUGAGGAUACCCCCGCCCGCCCACCGGUAUAUAGGGAGGGAGCCGGCUGUGCGCUCCCAGUCACCGCUGCAGCCCGCACCCACCAUGCUCAUCCCCAGCUUCCAGCGCUGCCUGCUCUGCCUGGCCUGCCUCCUGCUCCGGGGCUGCCUCUGCUACAAGAACGAUGCCACCGAGAUCCAGUAUCCCGCACAGCUGGGCAAGCACUCCGUGCCCGGGGCCAACAGCAGUGCCAGCAACCAGGCCAGGAACGGGGGCAGGCACCAAGGGGGCACCUCUGCCAUGGACAGGAACAACCACCAUCAAGUGGGUUGCCGAGAACUGAGGUCCACCAAGUAUAUUUCCGAUGGCCAGUGCACCAGUCUGAGUCCCCUAAAGGAGCUGGUUUGUGCCGGAGAAUGCCUCCCUCUUCCCAUUCUACCCAACUGGAUCGGAGGAGGCUAUGGCCUGAAGUACUGGAGCCGUAGAAGCUCACAGGAAUGGCGUUGCGUGAAUGACAAGACGCGCACGCAGCGCAUUCAGCUCCAGUGCGCCGACGGCACCAGCAGAAUCUACAAAGUCACCGUGGUCACUUCCUGCAAGUGCAAAAGGUAUACGAGGCAGCACAACGAGUCCAGCCACAACUACGAGGAAUCCUCACCCAUAAAACCCAUCCACCCCCAUCAGCAUCAUCAGUCCAAGAGCAACCGGGACAGAAAGAGGCUAAGCAAGGUCAGCAAACACAUGUCUAGCUAGGCAUGGGAUGGUGCCAUGAGCUGGACUCCAUAAAACCAAAGUGACUUCAUCUGCAGACCUUUGUGUUCGUUGGAGGACCCCGAGCAAUGAAGCUACACGAUCGUCACAUAGAUUUUUAUAUCUUCUAAACUUUUUUGAAGGACAGAAAUUUAUUUUGCUAAAUUCCACGCAAAUUUACUGACGUUUUAUGUCUAAAGCUAUUAUAUAACAGGACCCAGAGGUGCUCAAACAAGACAAAGUAUAUAGAAGAAGUGGGAAUAAUUUAUACCACCCCUAGUUUUUGGGGUAUUUUUUUAUCCAAAGGACCAUAACUAUACUUACGCCUUCUUAUUAGAAGAUCAGUAAUCACGCAAAAAUAUGGCCACAUCUUUCCAUUACUUUUACUUACGUGUAUAUCCGCCUACUCACCUCGUACGCCAACCUGUGCUAGAGACAGUUGUGAUAUCACUAACACAUGCCAAAUGCAGACGGUGAUUUUCUGUUUCAGUCAACAAGAAAUCAUUUACAAAGGAUUUGUUUCAUUUUUAUACAUAAAAUUUAUUUUCUCCUCUUUUUUUACAAAACCACCAUUGUUGAUAAUAUACAAAAAAAUGCGUUUUCUUAUAAGAUUGAGUUGCAUUUCCCGGUACUAUUGCUUUAAACCUCCCCUUUAUAUAAAGCGCCCCCGCCGUUGGGUUUUGGCAGUAAUAUAAACUGUAAUUAAAGUAUUUAUUGGUCGAUGUAAUUGCGCAUCGUCUUGUGCGUGAGCGUGGGCUCGUCGUAGGAGCUUAUGAAUGUGUAUUUUCACUUGUACAGCACAUUAUGGGGGCGGUGUAUCUAAGCUUGGAGAGAGAUAAAGUGGAGAGAAUUAAAGUACCGACCAAUCGGCUCCUAACUGUAAUUUUCCAAAUACAGCCUGUAACGUGACAGCUAGAAGCUGAUUGGCUGGUACUUUAUCUCUCUGCAGUUUAACCCUCUCCAAGCUUUGACGAGUCUCCCCCUAUAUGUAUUAAAGCAUUUUUUUUAUGUAUCAAAGUAUUUUCUUACAACCUGUAAGUAGACUGCACCCCGCAUUGCUUUUUAUUGUAGAUAUUGUAAAAUAAUUAUGUAGUAUUUGUGGUAUAUUUUUAUUGUGAUAUUUUUAUUAGUACAUGUGUUGGAAUGUUUAUUAAAAAGCUAUAAUGUGCAAUGAAGAA